AUGUACUCAAAGUUCCUUUCCGACGGAUCCUUCGUUUCCUCCGCUUCCUCUGUAGAAUCUCCCACCAAUCUUGCCUCGCAUGCCUUGUCAAACUCCCAACAUUAUACAAAGCAGCCCUGUACCUCAGCGCCCGUCGAUGUCGAUGUCUUGUAUCCCAGUGAGAGGAGUGAUCUGUUGAAGCUCAGGGACUCCACGAACUCUUCGUUGGAUCUGCACCAGAGGUGGACCGGGCCUCCUUGCCUUGGGGACGAGAGCAGGUGGGUCGGCGUUGGCUGCUCGAACUCGCACGUUGUUCAGCUCGUGCUCGAUGGGAUACAACUGACGGGAUUGGUCCCGGAAAACUUCCUGCAUAGUGUCGCUUUCUUGACCAAGCUCAGCCUCCGGAACAACUCCAUCUUCGAGGCAUUGCCGGCCCUGGUAGGGCUCCUGCACUUGGAGGACGUCUCCCUCUCUCAUAACAGGUUCUCAGACUCGAUCCCUUCCGAGUACGCUGAGCUCUCGACACCGACCAAAUUGGAGCUGCAGGGGAAUGUCUUAGUCCGGGGAUUUGCUUCAAACGGUGUUGUUUCAAACCAGGCACGUGUUUGGGGUUUAAAAAACGAUUUAAUUGACGUCGUUUGGUCCACAUGUGCAACCACAUAA